GUUAGCAAUCCAUGCGGAACAACCAAUUCCUUUGCCGAGCAAAGAUGAAGUGUGCAAUUUCACUCACAAUGGUAGGGCUUCUGGCACUGCUACACGGUGUCUCGCCACUACCCACUAUCUCGUCCUCCUCCUACGAAAUCGAUUGGUCCCAGGUGCGUCCGAUCGAGGAAUUCGAUCACAUCAAAGCUCACCUCCGCACACCAAUCACGACGCAAAACGCACCCAACCGUCGCAUCGUCAACGGGCAGGAAGCUCGCCCCGGUCAGUUCCCCUACCAGGUGGCGCUGCUCGGACAGUUCAACGCAGGUAUUGGGCUGUGCGGUGCAUCGAUCAUUACCCAGCGCUACGUCCUUACGGCGGCACACUGUGUCUACACCGGAGUCGAUGCCAGUGCACCCGUGGCCAACGGUACCGCCAUUCUGGGUGCCCACAAUCGGAUGAUCGAGGAACCGUCCCAGCAGCGCAUCACGUUCAGCUCGAGCGGCGUUAUUGGCCAUCCCGGAUACGAUCUGUUCGACGUGCGCAAUGACAUCGCGGUGGUGCGGCUGGACGAACUGAUCGUGUACACCGAUCGGAUUCAACCGAUCCGUCUACCGAGCCGUUCCGAUACACGUACCUUUGCCGGGCUGAUGGGUACCGUGUCCGGGUACGGUAUAUACUCGACCGCUAAUCCGGGGCUUUCGGAUGUGCUGAAUUACGUGCUGAAUCCUGUCAUGACCAACGCAGACUGUCGGGCUGGAUGGAGUGGUUUGGAGUGGCUGAUCGAGGCCCAGAACAUCUGCCAGUCGGGUGAUGGUGGUCGGGCGGCCUGUAACAGCGAUUCCGGCGGCCCACUGACGGUGCAGGACAGCGGGGAAAGCUUGCAGGUGGGAGUCGUUUCCUUCGGUUCGUCGGGCGGUUGUGACAAUGGCGUACCGACGGUGUUUGCACGCGUUACCUACUAUCUGGAGUGGAUCGAGGCGAACUCGGACUUUACCCCGGAUGUGUGAAGUGAAGGAUCGUUAAAACAAAUGUUAUUAGUACAUAAGCUUUAAAAGUCUACAAUAACUUAUAGGAUCUAUCUUAGCAAAAUAAAGCAAAAAUAUUCCAAUAUAGCAGCACUAUUUGUAAAAAGGAAU